AUGAGAUCGCGUUCGGAAACCGUGGUAUCGAGAAACAGUCGUCGCCCUAGGUCGCGAGGCUCGACGGCAAGCAUCCAUUCCAACACCACCCAGCAGACUCAGGACCAGCAACUUCCUGAUGGCUUCUCUCAAUUCCUCCCCGCCCAACCCGCCGCCGGCCACAAUGUCUUUGGAGGCAAUCCGGAAGACAUCAUUAUGCGUUUUGGGCAACAAUUGUCGCAUCCCGUGAACGGCUCGCCCCUUGACCCGACUCUCCACGAGGCUCAUCAUCCAGUGAUGCCCCGAGCGGAGGAUUUCCCCAAUCACGCCAUGCACGGUCAUCAUUUGUCUCACCACUCGCUGUCGUCGGGUCUGGCCGCGCAUGGGUUGCCCAGCAUGCCAAUUCCCCAGUACCAACCAAUGUAUGAUAGUGGUAUUGAAAACCAUGUCCCCGAGCAUAUGCUGGAGGAGAACGAUAAUUCCGAGGCCGGCACCAAGAAGAAGAAGGGCUCUAGCUCCUCGCUAGCGAAUGACAACGAGUUGCGCAAGUUGCUGCGGCAAUAUGAGGGUUAUUCACUGAAGGAAAUGGCGGCUGAAGUGCUCAAGCAUGAAGGAGCUGGGGGUAAGGCCGAAAAAGUCAAGCAGGUCUUUGCCAUGAUCUGGUUGAAGGAAAAUUGCCGCAAAAGUAGUGGAUCUGUGCGGCGUGAUCGGGUAUACUGCUGUUAUGCAGAGAAAUGUGGCACCGAGCGAGUCUCUGUCCUGAAUCCUGCGUCGUUUGGAAAGCUUGUGCGCAUCAUCUUCCCCAACGUGCAAACUCGGCGCCUGGGUGUUCGCGGGGAAUCGAAAUACCACUACGUGGAUUUGACCGUGAUUGAAGAGAAGCAGCAAAAGCCGCCGCCGUUGAACCCCCAGAUCCCGGCCAACACAACCGGUACACCUACUGCCACGGAAAGCAAAAUAGACACCGAGUUUCAAAGAAGGUAUGUAGGAGAUGCGGGACAUCUCGACGGAGUUGAAACUCAUGUGGCUCCUAGUGUUAGUGCGUUACCGCAACCAUCUGCAGAUACUGCAAUGUUCCCAUCACCUACGACCUCUUUCGCCCCUCGAUUCACAACACAAUUGUCGCUACCAGGCUGUGGCUGCCAGCCUGCCCCCCGGUCACCUCCUACCUUCCCGGUCACACUUGACAAUGUAGCCAGUCAUUCUGGAAAGACGAUCUACCAGAUGCUCCAACUUCCGCAAACCGAUAUCGCGGCGGUUGAUAACGAAACCCUCCAGCUCCCCGACAUCUCUGGUUAUCUUCCGGCUAACACCGAUUCGAAAGUCGCUGCCGCGCUGGCGGCCCUCUAUCGCUCCCAUUGCAUAUCUGUCAUAGACAGCUUUCGCUACUGCAAGGAGCGCAACCUCCUGAAAUAUUUCUCUGCCUUUCAUGGGACCUUAACGGUCCCCGUGCAGAAGCUUUUGACACACCCCAAUCUUGCACCCUGGAUUAAAGAAUGCGACUGGCUUAUGUACCAGAAGAUGAUCGCCUUCGUGGCGCCGCUCACCACCCAAGUCGUACCUAAACUAGUCCUAGAUGCCUUUAGCUCGAUAUCACAGCGAUUGACCGGCCACAUUGCGGAGACCUUCAAAGCCCAACCGGCGCACGUGUCUAUGGCCAGACUGGUACCAGCCCAGAUCUUUUGCAACUUACUUCGACAUAUGCUGGAUGUGAACCAGUCCGCCAAUGCGGCUGCAGCCUGGCUCUGCCACCCUGACAACCGCAAUCAGAUGUGGUUCGACUUUAAGACCUUAGUUGACCCGAAGGAAAUGAUCACGCGCGCCAAUAUCCCGAGUUGCGCCGAACGGACGACGGAGCAAAUUCUGAAACAUGAUAUUCUCGCCCUCCUUACCCCCGUUUCCGACUCGAACGCCUCCGCUGGCCUCCCUUUCUUCCACAAGCCGGACUUGGAGGAGGAUCUCCAAGCGCAUAGAUACCCCGUUGACUCGUCUACCAAUGGCGAAGACUACAACUUCCCAGACAAGUGGAUCUCGUUCAUCUUGAAUCUACCGGCGGUGUUCCCCAACCACAGGACUCAGUGUAUCAUAGAAAAGGUGGAUGCGUUGUGGGAUUGUAUCCUUCAUCGCUUGACGUUAGGGGGCGCUCAAAGUUUUAGCGCCUGGUGGAUGACCAAAGUUUUCUUUCAUGAAAUGAUGUUGUGGCAGGCGGAGAAAGGAGGGUUUAUGCGCUACACGCCGAGCACACUGCAGGAUGCGGUCUCAACAUCGUCGCAACACUCCGGAGUGAACGGCUUUUUGACAAAACAAGCUCACGGCGCAGACGUUGCUCAGGACAGAACAUUCAUGACCCCCAAUUUGCCUCAACAUGCUGUUGAUGCAAAGUCUCGGGCAGGCACCAGCCCCGUGUCGGGGGACGGAAUCGCUCAUGCACGAGCAUCGUCGCAGGUGGUACCGAACCCUAACCACACCGUGGACAACGAAAAGCCCAGCAUUUCUGACAACAUCGCUGCCUUCCAUGCUCCCAACAACGAUGACAGUGCGAUUGAUCUUGACGAUGACUCAAUGUUGAUUACUGUCGGUAAAUAUGGUGACAUGAUGGCCUCCGAUCCCGCCGAUGCUGAGGGCGAUGUCGUUGUCAUAUAA